AUGGCACAGGCUGUGCUGCAGGAUGACCCCGUCGUAGAUCUGAAAGAGCGGCAGAUGUCCAGUGCCGUUAAUGCGCAGAAAAAGGUGGAGGAAGAGGUUCUGACCCGCCAGCAGGUGCAGGACUUUUUGAUCUCUGAGCGGGCCCGUGUCCGCUUCUGUGGCACUUUGCCUUUGACCGUUUGUAUCUGGUUCGUCUUCACGGCCACGGCAUGGUCGCAUGGUAACGUCGAGCAGACGGCCCGAGCUCAGAGCAUGAUCCGCGAUGCCAUCGAGGGGAUAGAGGUGCAGCACCAGAUCUCCUCUCUGCAAGGUCAGCCGGUCGCAAAGAGGACUGACUCAAUAAGCGGUCUUCUUUUGUCCUUAUAUCCAGGAUUACUCGAACAACACAGGGUUCAGCUUAGUCUUAGUAUGAAACAUUAUGAAACCAGAAGUCACCGGCAGUUAUUUUCUUGCGUUAUCGUAUCGGACUUGAGCCAUAUGCAUCGUGCACAGGCCAUGCUAAGCUUCUCUGUAUGUUUCUCGGCAGGUGUCUGUGCAUCAUCUGUGUGCAUAGGCCAUGUCAACUGUGGGAUUCGCAACGGUUCAAAACAAUGA